AUGUCCAACUCAAUCCCCCCCUCAAGCUCAACCCUCCGUCCAAAAACCUACUUCGCCCAACGCGCCGCCGCCGAAACGCAAGCAAACUUCACCUUUCCCUCGCGCAGCGUCCCAGAAACACUAGCCUGCGCAUGCCGCCUGAUCGCCCACAAACAAGAAGACGCCGGACUAGCAGGACAGAUCACGGCGCGGUCAUCUCGCGGCGCAGGCAUAUACUGGACGUUGCGAUACGGGCUAGGCUGGGACGAGGCGACACCGGAGGAUUUCAUCGAGGUAGAUGGCGACCUCAACACUGUUGGAGACCGCAAGGGGAUGGCGAACCCCGCCACGCGAUUCCAUCUAUGGAUCUACGCUGCUCGUCCUGACGUGCAGAGUAUCGUACACGUGCACUCCCCCUGGGUAGCGCCUCUUGUGGCGGCGCGCCAGCCCCUAAUCGUGACGCAGAUGGAUCAGACGCCGUUUUACGAUGACUGUGCCUUUCUAGGCGAGUGGCCGGGUCUGCCGAUUGCGGACCAGGAAGGGGUGAUUAUCCGGGAGGCGCUGGGGAGGAAACGGUCGAUUCUGCUGGCACAUCAUGGGAUGUUGACGGUGGGGAAGUCGGUGCAGGAGGCGACGUAUCUGGCUGUCAAGUUGGAACGGGCGGCGAGGAUUCAGGUCCUGGCGAGGGUGUUUGGGCCGUUGGUCGAGGUGGAUGGGGAGCUGGCGAGGGAGGCGAGGGAUUAUUUGCUGAGGGAGGAUGUGGUGAAGGGGACUUUUGAGUAUUGGUUUCGGCAGACGAAGGGGGUGAAGCCGUUGGAUUUGUAG